GAACUAACUAAACUUAGUACUUGGCUUUUUCUCAGGUAUUGUGAUUGGAUAUCGAGAAAAAGCAAGGAAAGGAGAGUAGCAAAAUGGCCGUAGGAGGUUUCGCAGUUGAUGGAUCCUCCAACUUUCAUGGGAGGAUUACAGCAUCAGUGGUUAUCACCUGCAUCGUCGCUGCAUCUAGUGGCCUCAUUUUCGGUUUUGACAUCGGGAUUUCAGGAGGUGUAACGACAAUGGCGCCAUUUCUGCAGAAAUUUUUCCCAGCAAUAUUGAGGAAAAUGGCGGAGGCUAAAACGAAUAUAUAUUGUAUGUAUGACAGCCAGGUUUUAACACUAUUCACAUCUUCACUCUACAUAGCCGGCUUAGCCUCAUCUCUUGUGGCCAGCCGCCUGACAGCGGCAAUCGGAAGGAGAAACAUAAUGUUGCUCGGUGGCAUCACUUUCCUUGCUGGCGCUGGCAUCAAUGGUGGCUCCGAAAAUAUAGCCAUGCUCAUCUUAGGCCGCAUCUUGCUUGGCUUUGGCGUCGGUUUCACUAAUCAGGCAACCCCGGUAUACCUCGCCGAGGUGGCACCUUCAAAAUGGCGUGGCGCCUUCAACACAGGCUUCCAGUUUUUCAUAGGCAUUGGUGUAGUGGUAUCUAAUUGCAUAAAUUUUGGCACAGCAAGACUCAGCUGGGGCUGGCGCCUCUCACUGGGCCUUGCCGGAGUACCCGCUGCUAUCAUGAUAAUAGGAGCCCUCUUCAUAACUGACAGCCCCAGCAGCUUCGUCGAACGAGGCAAAAUCGAGAAAGCUCGGCGUUCUCUGCAGAAAGUUCGAGGGAAAGACGUUGAUGUGGAAGCUGAGCUUGGUGAUAUCAUGAAGUCAAGUGAAAUUGCUAAAUCUUCGUCUGACGAACCCUUUCUCACCAUAUUUGAGAGAAAAUACAGACCUCACCUAGUUAUGGCAAUUGCCAUACCGUCAUUUCAACAAUUAACUGGCAUUAACAUUAUUGCAUUCUAUGCUCCACAGCUCUUUCAAUCAGUUGGAUUUGGAAAUGAUUCAGCUUUAAUAGCAUCUAUUAUACUUGGAGUGGUUAAUCUUGGCUCCAUUCUUGUGUCGACUGGUGUGGUUGACCGCUAUGGUCGAAGAUCCUUGUUCCUGCUGGGCGGCGUUUUAAUGUUUGUUUGUCAGAUUGCAGUUUCUUUCGUGCUAGCGUAUGCAUCGGGUGUAUCAGGCAACAAGGAAAUAAGCAGGGGAUAUGCCAUAUUAGUGCUCGCACUAAUGUGCACCUAUGCUGCUGGUUUUGGUUGGUCCUGGGGUCCUCUAGCAUGGCUCAUUCCAAGUGAAAUAUUCCCCAUUAAAAUCAGAGCCACUGGCCAAAGCAUAGCUGUUGCUAUGAAUUUCGCAGUAACGUUUGUGCUCUCGCAGACAUUCUUGACCAUGCUAUGCCACUUCAAAUUCGCCACCUUCUUGUUCUACGCUGGUUGGAUUGGCCUAAUGACCUUUUUCAUUGCAUUUUUAUUACCUGAGACAAAGGGGAUUCCACUCGAUUCAAUGUAUGCAGUGUGGGAAAAGCAUUGGUUUUGGCGCCGAUUUGUUAAAGACUAAAUCCGAAGCAAUAAAAUUAUAUGUAUUUAUUUUAAAUAUAUAAAUAAAUAUAUAUUGAUAUGUGUCAUCAAGUAAUUGGGUAAUUUUGAAUUAAAGAUAAAAUAACACCCAUUUACAUUAUGAUACAAUUCAAAUAUAUAUUUAUUUAUAUACUUAAAAUAGAUACAUAUGAGAUUGCUCAGACCGAUACGAACUCCAACUCUACAUGAUAUUCACAUGGUUUUAAAUUCAAUAAGUAUUACAGUCAAAUAUAUAUGUAUUUGUUCAUAGCGGCUCUGAUCUUUGUUUCUUGUUUUACCACACUGUAUUAUGUAAUAAUAAUUGUUGAUAUUUCUUCCAACA